UACAUUCAUACUCAUGAAAACCAGCCCUAAAUAUUUUAGUGGUAUUUACUUUCAACGGUUUCACAUACACGCGGUCGCGAAAGAAAACAAACAUAUACGUCAAGGUUAAUCCGCCGUUUUAUAUCAGUGUUGAAGACUGAUAAAAAACGCUAAAAUUCAAAUGUGUGCGAAUUACCGAGAACCGGACUUCCCAUAUCUCUGAGUCACUCUCGGAUAAUAAAAAAAUGCUCAAUUACUUUUCUUUUAAACGCAAAUUAUCAGUAUUAAGUAUUUAUAAAAUUCAUUGUCAAAGUAAAAUAAUCCCGAGUUUUAAGUUGACUCUUCAUCGCUUAAUUUUGAAUGUCUAAUAAAUAGCAAAUAAAUAUGGAGAUGAUGUCAGUUCAAAAAUAUCCUCAGUUAAUUACUGGCAAUUCCAAGAAAGAUGAUAACAAAAUAUUAAUGUGCUAUAUAUGUUCUGUCAAAGAGAAAUGGCUAGACCAUAAAAUGAGCUCUGGCCAUGUGUCAAGAUUACAUUAUUUUAGUAUUUAUUUUGAAGAUUCUCCGGGUGAUUUUAUGAAAUGUAAGUUAUGCAAAAAUUUUAUUCCCAAAGGUUCUGUCGAAAAACAUGCAAAUAAAAAACAUCAGUUGAUUACGUGGCACAAACCAGCUGAAAAAUUUGUUUUAUACUUCAAAAAUUUCAUAAAACCAAUCAACGGAAUGUAUUACUGUCGCGUAUGCGCUAGGAAAUAUAAAAAUUGGGAUUCAUUACUGACACACAUCGAUCAGGAAUUGCAUAAAAAAUGUUUGAAAGAUUAUUUCGGAGAAGAAAACAUCAAUGGAUCUGCUUUGUCACCAGAUUUUUGUAAAAAAUUAGUCACUAAUUGCAUUUUUCCGUAUGAAUUUUCCCAAUUGCAAUGCUUGGUGUGUAAUAUUACUAUUGGUCAAUAUAAUACUGCUGAGAAACAUAUUGCUGAUGAAAUUCAUAAGAACAAUUUGUCUAGCAAAAAAGUCGAUAAAAUGGUUCUUUUAAAAAAAUCAAUAAAUUCCCUCUUUGCUGAAUUAAAAAUAUCUGAAUCUGCUGACACUGGCAAUUGUGUUGGUGGCACUUCUAAUUCUAAUUCAGAAUCUUGUGCAUCUACCAGUUCAGGUUACUCUUCUCAUUUCAAUACUAGAGAUUAUCUUAUUAGUGAUGAUAUUUGUGAUGGAGAUCAUUCCUCAACGUCUAUUAAAUCAAAAAAAUCUCUACCUCCGAUAAAAAAUAAAAUUCCAAAGCGUAUUGAUGAUGUCUAUUGGCAUCGUCAUUAUCUACUGCAGUAUCAAUUAUCAGAAGCUAAAAAAAUAAAAAGUACUGAAAAUAAAUCUGUCGUUAAGGUGAAAAAUAAAAUUGAUGAAGAAUCUGAGGGAAACAAUCUUGCGGAUAAUAAAUCAUCUUUAUUAGAAUUAGAAAACCAGUAUAUCGAGACAUUUAAAAAUCGUGUUCUUAUUCUUAAUAGUCGUUAUUGUUUUUGCAAUUUAUGUAAAAAAAAUUUUUCUUCAUCAAUAAUGAUGCAUAUUAAUGAUUCAGUUCAUCAGAAACGUUUUAAAAAGAAAGUCAAAGAUGAAAAUAUUUUCGCUGAACUCGUAAAUACGCCGAAUUUUUGUGAGUUAUUAAUUAAAAGUAACAUUUUUCAAAAUGAUUGUUCAUCAUUCUAUUGUCAUACAUGUAAAUGUGAUGUUCAUGGAUCCAAUAACGUUGAAAGUCACAUCAACGGGCUUAAGCAUAAGACACAUUGUAAAGAACUUUUUAGCAUUGAUGACAAAGCAGUUUCAAUCAGAGCUGAUCAGCAGAUACUUCCAUCAUUGCCAGAAACAAAAGAUCAUUUUGUAAAGUACUUUGAAAAUUAUAUUUUAAAACAUAGCAAUUAUUAUUACUGUUAUUUAUGUAAAAUUCAUUUAUCAUCAUCUUAUUUAACGACACAUUUAGAAGACGUAGCUCAUAAAAAUCUUGUAACGCGUAAAAGAGAGAAAAUUCCAAGUAUAAUUAAACCGACAUUAUAUUUUUGUGAACUCUGCGUCAGAACUGGAGUAUUCCAAGAUGGAUUGUCAUCUUUAAAAUGCUUUGAAUGUGAAUGUCUUCUUGAAUCAAACCAACGUAUUGGAGAACAUAUCAAUGAUAAAACACACAAGACUAAACUUGAACUAAAAAUUUCUUCUAUUGAAGCAAAAAUAAAACAAGAGACAAUUCCACCUCAAUCUGAACUUAUCUCUAAUCAUAAAUCAGUAAUCACUGAUAUUCAAUUGUCUAAGAGCAAGUCUAUAUCAGCAGAUUUAAUAAUAGACAAGAUUACUCCCAUUAAACAAAAUGUCAUUUCAAAUAAAAAAGUUACACCAGUGUAUGAGUUAGAAAGUCAGAUAAUUACCUGCUUUAAAAAUUAUAUUUUCGUGUACAGCGAGGAUUGUUUUUGUAAUUUAUGUGAAAUAAAGUUUUCAUCAUCAAUAAUGAUACAUAUUAAUGAUCCAGUUCAUCAGGAACGUUUUAAAAAGAAAGUCAAAGAUGAAAAUAUUUUCGCUGAACUCGUAAAUACGCCGAAUUUUUGUGAGUUAUUAAUUAAAAGUAACAUUUUUCAAAAUGAUUGUUUAUCAGUAUAUUGUUAUACAUGUAAAUGCCCUGUUCUUCCAUACAAUAACGUUGAAAGUCAUAUCAACGGGCUUAAGCAUAAGAAAAAUUGUAAUAAACUUUUUAGCAUUGAUGACACAGCAGUUUCAAUCAGAGCUGAUCAGCAGAUACUUCCAUCAUUGCCAGAAACAAAAGAUCAUUUUGUAAAGUACUUCGAAAAUUAUAUUUUAAAACAUUGCAAUUAUUAUUACUGUUAUUUAUGUAAAAUUCAUUUAUCAUCGUCUUAUGUAACGACACAUUUGGAAGAUGUAGCUCAUAAAAAUCUUGUAGCGCGUAAAAGAGAGAAAAUUCCAAGUAUAAUUAAAUCGACAUUAUAUUUUUGUGAGCUCUGCGUCAGAACUGGAGUAUUCCAAGAUGGAUUUUCAUCUUUAAAAUGCUUUGAAUGUGAAUGUCUUCUUGAAUCAAACCAACGUAUUGGAGAACAUAUCAAUGAUAAAACACACAAGACUAAACUUGAACUAAAAAUUUCUUCUAUUGAAGCAAAAAUAAAACAAGAGACAAUUCCACCUCAAUCUAAACUUAUCUCUAAUCAUAAAUCAGUAAUCACUGAUAUUCAAUUGUCUAAGAGCAAGUCAAUAUCAGUAGAUUUAAUAAUAGACAAGAUUACUCCCAUUAAACAAAAUGUCAUUUCAAAUAAAAAAGUGACACCAGAGUAUGAGUUAGAAGAUCAGAUAAUUAAAUAUUUUAAAAAUUAUAUUUUUGUAUACAACGAGGAUUAUUUUUGUAAUUUAUGCAAGAUAAAGUUUUCAUCGUCAUCUUCGAUAUUGUCACAUUUAAAUGCAGCGAAUCACAAGAACCUUUUAACAAAAAAACAAGAGAUCGUCGGAGAUCAAGUUCCGUAUCUUCCAAAUUUUAUUGAACUUCUAAUUAGUAAUAAUAUUUUCCAACUUGAUCCUAUAGCAUUGCAAUGUUUUACGUGUCGGUGUUCUAUUACAGCGAAAAAAUGUGCAGAGCAACAUAUUGGAGGUCAGCUGCAUAGAGAUAAUCAUAAAUUUAUGCUUACCUCUACAAAAAUAAAUGCGUUGCCGUCCGUCACGAGUAAGCAGUCAAUUUUAUCUGAAUCCACAGUCGACUUUGUCAGAUACUUCAAAAAUUUUAUCGAAAAACGUCGUGAUAAUUAUUACUGUCACUUGUGUCACAGUAAUUUAUCAUUACUUGGAGUAAAAAAACACAUACAAGAAUUUAAUCACUGUAAUCUUGUGUCAAAGCGAAAUUUAAUUUCAAAUUUCAUCACAAAAACGGAGAGUGGACCCAUGUUAUAUUUCUAUGAACUGUUCGUCAGAAAUAGUAUUUAUCAGUUCAGUCCCAAUGAGCUAAAGUGUUUUACAUGUGGAAUUAUUUUUCCGUCAACAAAAGACGCAGAAUUACAUACCGGCAUUAAAAAUCACAAACUCAAACUCGGACUAGCUUCAGUUGAAACAUCGAUAGAACAAAAGACAGUCUUACCUCAGCCUCAACUUGACACAGCAGCUCCUCCUUAUAACAAAGAACCUAAAACUAAUCUGACUAGUGCAUCAAUAUCUUCAAUCAACGAUAAAAAAAUUACCAAAGAUAGUAUCGAAGUUUUUACACAAAUUGAUAACAUGAAGAAAUUCGCAUUGAUAUCUGAGCAGGAAAGUCAGUUCUUGAAAUAUUUUGAAAAUAAUAUUUUCAUAUGUGACAAUAAUUACUAUUGCAAUUUAUGUGAAAAAAAAUUUUUCUCGUCUGUUUUAAUGCUGUCACAUAUAAAUGAACUUGAACACAAGAAUCGUCUGAAAGAAAAAAAAGAAAAGCAAAAUAUUGCCCAGCUAAAAGUCUUGCCUACGCCAAAUUUUUAUGAACUGCUUGUGCGAAAUAAUAUUUUUCAAUUAAAUCCACUGGCAUUUAAAUGUUUGUCUUGCGAUCGGUCAAUUUCAGGAUACAUUUGUGCUGAAGAACAUAUCAGUGGUCGCCAACAUAAAGGUAAUCAAACAAUCACAUGUUCUAAAAUAAAAAUGUUAGAUCCUAUUAAGAGUACAAGCAAAAAUAGUUCAGUUGUGAAAUUUUUACCAGAAUCAAAAAAAAAUUUUUCAAUGUAUUUUGAAAAUUUUAUAGAAAAACGUCUUAAAGAUUACUACUGUCAUUUGUGUUUUGUCAAUUGUUCAUCUUCUGAUGCAGUAAUUAAACAUAUGAGUACUGAAGGUCACCAAAGUCUCGUUAAAAAGCAACACCUAGACAUAAAAAUUAUAAAGAAAAAUAAAAGUAAUUUUUAUUAUAGCGAAUUAUGCGUAAGAAAUGGAAUUUUUGGCUUUAAUAUCUCGGAAUUUAAAUGUUUUGGAUGUAAAAGUAUUUUUGUAUCAAUUAGAGAGAUAGAAGGACAUGUUGAUAGUAAUGAGCAUAAGAAAAAACAAGAACUUGUACCUGAUACUACAGUAUUUUUAAAACAGGUAACAGUUCUACCUCAAUCGCCUGUGAUUUCUAAUAAUAGUAAUAAUAAUAAAUCAGUAAUAAUUACUCCAGUUAAAGAAGAAAAAGAGACCAGUUCGUUACCGAAAUCGAGUGAACAGUUUCUUAAAUAUCUUAAUAAUUAUAUUUUAGUAAAUGAAAGUGAUUAUUUUUGUAAUUUAUGUAAUAUUACAUCGUCGGAAAAAGAAAUAAUGAAACAUAUAGAUGAUAAAAAUCACCAGAAAAAAAUAAUUUUUCAGAGAAAAGAUAUGAAUAUUGUCAGUACUACAUUAAAAAAAAAAAGUUAUGAGAAAGCUGUAAAAAAUAACAUUUUUCCAACAGAUUUUGAAAAAGUUAAUUGUUUUUCAUGUUGCAAUUUUUUUAAACCAUCAAAUCUCCAUGAACAUAUCAGUGGUAGGAAGCAUAAAAGAUCACAUAGACAAUUUAAAAUUCCAUCACCAGUGAAACAAACGACAAAAUUGCCCCAAAUACUAUCAGUUUCUGAUAAAAAAUCUGUGGGAACUGAAAGCAAAUCUGUCUCUAAGUCGACGUCUUCAAAAAACACCAAAAACACUUCGAAUGUAUUGUCACGCGAAAUUUAUAAUUAUAAUGACACAAAAAAUGGUUUCUUACGUUGCCACGUUUGUCGGGAACCAAAAUUGUCUCGUAAUAUUUUGCACGUCCAUUUAUCAAGUCAUUUUUGGCAGCUAUUUACAAAUAAAACUAUUAAUGACUUGAUAGCUCUUGGCAAUUUGAACUCUAGCGUUAUUGUUAAUCUUAAUAAGAGUAAAACUUUUGGCCAAGUGAUACCAAGUAUCGCGUCAGAGAGAAGAGAAGUUCUACUUAAUGAUAAGAAAUUAAAAAUGGAAAAAUCAGAUUAUAAAAAAUUGUCGUUAAAUGAUGAACCUGUUGAUAAGGAUAAGAAGAAGAGAAAGAAGAACAAUAAGAAGGAGAAAAAGUUGUGGGUAAAUAAUGAAGCAGAUGAAAUCCCUCUAAAAAACGAUGAAUAUCAACCCAAUCAAAAAAGAAAUAGAAUCCAGUUAAAACAUGUGGAUAUUUAUGAUAGUGAAGCACCAAAGAAGAUGGAUAUUUAUAAAAUGGAUGAAGAGUUGAGUUACAGUCUUCAGUUAAGUUUAAACAGAAUCUGUAUCAUCACUAAGGAUAAAAUUUACUGUAUGGUAUGCCGUAAAAAAGUGCCAUUUUCACUGCAGAUUGUCUAUGAACACUUUCGCAGUGUCGAGCACUCGUAUUUCCUGAUGCAAAUGGUCCAAGACCAUAUGAAGUUCGAGGGUCUACCGAAUGAAUUUAGUGAUCUACAUUUAGCAGGAGAGAUGAUGGUAGACAAAAGUGACCGACAUGUUGUCUGCUACGCCUGCGAUUCUGUUAAACAUGUAGUUAUUCCGAACAAAACAGAUGCUAUAGAGGAUCAUAUAAAUCAACGCAGACAUCGAGAUGAGAAAAAUAAGUUAAAGAAUAAUUUGCGAAAAUUUAUCAGUGAUUUCAACUCAAGACUGGAAUACAGUUGGUAUAAGGCGCAAAGGUACUGGUGCGUAGUUUGCAGUGUGCAAUUUAAACAUGAAAAAAGAUUUUACAAACAUCUAGAUUCAUCGACACAUCAGAAGAAGUGCGCGAAAUUUGUCAAGUCAGAGAAUUUUGUAUGUGAUAUUUGUCCAACGUGCGGCAUAUUAUUCUACGGAUUUAAAAAUACAUUUACUUAUCACGCGAAUUGUCGAUUCCAUAAAUAUUAUGCUGACAAAUCAUUUUAUCUUAUAACACGAUUACCAACUGCUGCUGAAAAACUGCUGAUUAAUGCAGAUCAAGUUAUGACAAUUAAAUUAGAGGAGUUGGAUGAGGAAGCAGAGACAAUGAGAAAGAAUGAACAAUUAUUGUUAGAUGACUUAAAAAAUACUACUAACGAUUACAUUGAUGUCAAAAUCCAUCCUUUUGGUUCUCGGAUCACUGGAUUAGGAUCAAAGAAUAGUGAUCUUGAUAUUUUUCUUGAUUGUGAUGAUUUAUAUUACAAGGGAACUGUUUCGGAUGAUAUUUCAUAUUAUUUGAAAGAAGUCGAACAUUCAUUGAAGAAAAAUGAGAGCAUUUGGACAAUUCAAAGAGUAGUUACUGAUUGUAGAGUCCCAAUUAUUAAAUUGGUACAUCAACCUACAGGUAUCGACUGCGAUUUAUCUUUCACGAGUGGCCUUACAACUGAAAAUACCAAACUAAUCAAAAUGUAUCUUGAUAAGUAUCCUCUAUGCAAAAAAAUAAUUUUAUUUAUAAAAGACUGGAUAAAUAUAUGCAACUUAAGUGGCGAAGAUGGAAUAAGUAGUUAUGCUAUCGCUUGGAUGGUAAUUUAUUACUUACAAACAAAGUUUAUCUUACCAAGUGUUGCGGACUUAAUAAAACUUGAAGGGAAAUCAAGUGUUGUAGGCAGCUGGGAAACUGGAGUAUCUAAAGAUUUUACACUGUCGGACAUCAGUAAUAAUUAUAGCUUUAGAAAUCUUCUUAACGGAUUCUUUACAAUGUGCGCAGGCUUUGAUUACAGAAAUAAUAUAUUUUGCCCACUUCUGGGUCGUCCGAUUAGAAAACUAGAUUUUAUUGUACCUGCUAGUCUUAAAAAUCUACCAAUCGAAAUGUUGCCUUACGUAAAUUACAUUCAAAAUAAUAAAUCCGUUAAAUAUUUUCACACGGAUUCAAUGAUGGGUAUUCAGGAUCCAUUCGAUUUAAGCAACAAUCUAACAAAGUCUGUUAAAAAAUCUACGAUGCUUCGAUUCAGAACUUACUGCUCAAUGAGUGCUGAUGAAUUAAAUUCGCGAAGUCAUUUAAAACAAGAAAAACAUUCAAUAGUUUCUGAUUCAAAUUGUGAAGUGAAUAAUUCUCAUAGAAAAAUGAUUUCAGUGAUUGCAACAGAACAGGUGUUUUACCAAUAUUUUAAUAAUUUUGGAAUACCAAACCAUAGACCUAUUUUGAUUGCAUCGGCGACAUCAGUAGAACCGAGACCUAAUUUGUGGACACCAGAAAGAAUAUUCAAUUAUCCAUCACCAGCUACAAGCAGUCAGUCAGCAAAUUGUAGAUUUAUUUCAUGGGAAUCAGCGAGGACUGAAGUUGAGUGUAAAUCAUUAAUUCCACUGCAUGCUAAAUCAAAAGAGAAAAAGGAAUUUUCAUCGAACGCGUUUCAACAAAAUAUUUAUCACUACAAUGAUGCGAAAAAAUCUGCAGAACAUUGUAAUAUUUGUGGCAAACGUUUGGAAUCUCGGGUCGAGUUACAUGUGCAUUUAUCGAGUCAUUUUUGGAAAUUAUUUACAGAUGAUGAUAUCAAAGAUUUGAAAUCUCUUGUCAAUCUUGACUCUGUAAUUAUAAUGGACUUCUCUGAUGGCAAAAUUGGUAAUGACCAAGUAAUUCCGCAUGCUAUAUCGGAAAGAAAAGAACGUCCGUUAACAAGAAAUGACUCGAUGUAUAUGAACAGUAAAAAACUGGAAAAAACAAUGCAGUGCAAAACGCAAAAUGAAAAACGGCGCAAAAUUAAAUUUGAAGAUUUAGAUGGUGAUCAAAAUGAUAUUGAAAAAGAAAUUGAUAUUUAUAAAAUAGAUGAAGAGCUGUGUCAUAGUAUUCAGUUAAGUUUGAAUAGAAUUUGUAUCAUCAAUAAGGAAGAAAUUUAUUGCAUGGUGUGUCGUGAAAAAGUGACAUUUUCACUCCGAAUCGUCUACGAACAUUUUCGUAGUGUCCAGCAUUCCUAUUUCUUAAUGCAAAUGGUUCAAGAUAACAUGAAGUUCAAGAGUGUACCAAAUGAAUUGAGUGAUUUACAUCUAGCACGUGAAAUGAUAGAAGAUAAAAGUAAUCGACAUGUUGUCUGCUACGUCUGCGAUCCCGUAAAACCUUUUCUUAUUCCAAAUAGUAUCGACGCCUUGAAGAUUCACAUAAAACUAUUUAAACAUAAAGAUAAAAUGAAUAAAUUAAAAAAUAAUUUGCGACAAUUUAUCAGUGAUUUUAACUUAAGACUAGAAUACAGUUGGUAUAAUGCGCAAAGUUAUUGGUGCGUAGUUUGCAGUGAGCAAUUUAAACAUGAAAACAGAUUUUACAAACAUUUAAAUUCAUCGACACAUCAGAAAAAGUGCGCGAAAUUUGUUACGACAGAAAAUUUUGUAUGCAAUUUUUGUUCAACGUGCGGAAUUUUAUUAUACGGAUUUAAAAAUUCAUUUACUUAUCACGCGAAUUGUCAAUUUCAUAAAUAUUAUGCUGACAGAUCAUCUUAUCUUAUAACGCGAUUGCCGACUGCUGCUGAAGAACUACUGAUUAAUGCAGACCAAGUUAUGACAACUAAAUUAGAGGAGUUGGAUGAGGUAGCAGAGACAAUGAGAAAGAAGGAACAAUUAUUAUUAGAUGACUUAAAAAAUACUACUAGCAAUUACAUUGAUGUCAAAAUCCAUCCUUAUGGUUCUCGGAUCACUGGAUUGGGAUCAAUGAAUAGUGAUCUUGAUAUUUUUCUUGAUUGUGAUGAUUUAUAUUACAAGGGGGCUGGUUCGGAUGAUAUUUUAUAUUAUUUGAAAGAAGUCGAACAUUCAUUGAAGCAAAAUGAGAGCAUUUGGACAAUUCAAAGCGUAAUUACUGAUUGUAGAGUCCCAAUUAUUAAAUUGGUACAUAGACCUACAGGUAUUGACUGCGAUUUAUCUUUCUCGAGUGGUCUUACAACUGAAAAUACCAAACUAAUCAAAAUGUAUGUUGACAAGUAUCCUACAUGCAGAAAACUAAUUUUAUUUAUAAAAGACUGGAUAAAUAUAUGUAACUUAAGUGGUGAAGAUGGAAUAAGUAGUUAUGCUAUCGCUUGGAUGGUAAUUUAUUACUUACAAACAAGAUUUAUCGUACCAAGUGUUGCGGACUUAAUAAAACUUGAAGGAAACUCAUGUAUGAUCAGAGGCUGGGAAACAGGAGUAUCCGAAGAUAUGUCAGACAUCAGUGACGAUUCUAGUUUUAAAAAUCUUCUUCGAGGUUUCUUUGUAAUGUGUGCAGGCUUUGAUUAUAGAAAUAAUAUAUUUUGCCCACUUCUGGGCUGUCCGAUUAGAAAAGUAGAUUUUAUUGUACCGGCUAGUCUUACAAACCUGCCCGUUGAAAUGUUGCCCUAUAAAAAAUAUAUGUUAAAACAUAAAAACGCCCAAGGUUUUCGUGCUGAUGCAGUUAUGGGCAUUCAGGAUCCAUUUGAAUUGAGCCAUAAUCUUACCAAAGCAGUUAAAAAAUUAAAAUUGUAUCGAUUCAAAACUUACUGCUCAAAGAGCAUUAAUAAAUUAAAUGAUAAUUAAAAAUCGGUCCUGAUGUUUUUUUUGUUUUAAACAGAACCGCUAAAGUAUGACAAUUUUUCAACUUAUUUGUAUCUACUUCACAAUACUCAAUCACAAUUUAAAGUGGAUGUAGGGGGCGGGGAUAGGGUGGACAAAACGGGGUACCCCCAAAAUUAUAAAAAAAAUGUUUUCAAAUAUUUCAAAAUCACUUGUGUAAAAAUAAUUGAAUAUUAUUUUGAAUUUUUAUUUUUAAAUUUUCUCAAAAGUCGAGUCUUAGUCGAAAAAUAUUUAUUACUUCUGUUCUAUGAUAAAAACUAUUAAAAAUUUUUUUUCUUCCUUUGUAUCCAACGAUAGUGUGAAAUGUAAUUUUUCUUAAUGUAAAUUACUUAUAAAAAAAAUUUAAUUUAAUUAAAUUUAUUUAAUAUUCAGAAAUUUUUGUUUUUUUAACGGCAACUGAAGAUUUUUUCUAUUUAUUUUGAAUAUCAUUAAAACCAAAAAGAUUCCUUGAGUCUUCGAUAACUUAUUACUUCUCUAAGUACUCGCCCCCCUGCCCUUCCUUAAUUAGUAAUUAACACAUAAAUAUUUAAAAUUAUCGACUGUUACCAUAAAUUUAUAUUCUUUUAUUUACAAAACUUUGUGUCCAACAUAGAAAUAUUUUCUAAUUAAAAUUGACAUUAUAAAGAAAUUGUAACAAUAUUUUUCCACACACUUUGUAU